GGCGCGAGCUGCCGCAGCCCCACGCCUGCCGCUGAGGCUGGAGCCGCUUUGUGCCGCGGCGCGGGGAAGGGACGCGGGGCUGGAGCCAGCGGGCCGGCCUCAGCAUGGACGUGACCGUGUCGGAGCUCAUGGAGCUCUUCCUGCAGAGCCCCUUGGUGACCUGGGUGAAAACUUUUGGCCCAUUCGGAAGCGGCGACCAGGACAACCUGACCAUGUACAUGGAUUUAGUGGACGGCAUCUUUUUGAAUCAAAUCAUGUUGCAAAUAGAUCCCAGGCCAACAAACCAACGCAUCAACAAGCACGUCAACAACGAUGUGAACCUUCGCAUUCAGAACCUGACCAUCUUGGUGAGGAACAUUAAGACCUACUACCAGGAAGUUCUCCAGCAGCUGAUCGUAAUGAAUCUGCCCAAUGUUUUGAUGAUUGGCAAAGACCCGCUGUCUGGGAAAAGCAUGGAGGAAAUCAAGAAGGUGCUGCUGCUGGUGCUGGGCUGUGCCGUCCAGUGUGAGAGGAAAGAAGAGUUUAUUGAAAGGAUCAAACAGCUGGACAUUGAGACACAGGCUGGAAUCGUGGCCCAUAUUCAGGAGGUGACCCACAACCAGGAGAACGUGUUUGACCUGCAGUGGCUGGAGCUCCCAGACAUGGCCCCGGAGGAGCUGGAGGCUCUCUCGCGGAACAUGGUCUUUCACCUCCGGAGGCUCAUCGACGAGCGGGAUGAGUGCUCCGAGCUGAUCGUGGACCUCACUCAGGAGCGGGACUACCUCCAGGCCCAGCACCCACCCAGCCCCCUCAAGUCCUCCAGCGCCGACUCCACCCCCAGCCCCACCAGCAGCCUCUCCAGCGAAGACAAGCAGCACUUGGCAGUGGAGCUGGCCGACACCAAGGCCAGGCUGCGGCGUAUCCGGCAGGAGCUGGAGGAGAAGACGGAGCAGCUUGUGGAUGCCAGACACGAAGUGGACCAGCUGGCGCUGGAGCUGCAGAAAGUUAAACAAGAGAACAUCCAGCUUGCGGCUGAUGCCCGGUCUGCGCGUGCCUACCGUGAUGAGCUGGACUCUCUGAGAGAGAAGGCGAACCGCGUGGAGCGGCUGGAGAUGGAGCUGGUGCGCUGCCGGGAGAAGCUGCACGAUGUGGAUUUCUACAAGGCGCGCAUGGAGGAAUUGAGGGAGGAUAACAUCAUUUUAAUUGAAACCAAAGCCAUGUUGGAGGAGCAGCUGACCGCAGCCCGGGCCCGCAGUGAUAAAGUCCACGAGCUGGAGAAGGAGAACCUGCAGCUGAAGUCGAAACUGCAUGACCUGGAAUUGGACAGGGACACCGACAAGAAGCGGAUUGAGGAGCUGCUGGACGAGAACAUGGUCCUGGAGAUGGCGCAGAAGCAGAGCAUGAACGAAUCCGCGCAUCUCGGCUGGGAGCUGGAGCAACUAUCCAAGAACGCAGACCUGUCCGACGCCUCCAGGAAGUCGUUUGUGUUUGAGCUGAACGAGUGCGCCUCCAGCCGUAUCCUGAAGCUGGAGAAGGAGAACCAGAGCCUGCAGAGCACCAUCCAGGGGCUGCGGGAUGCGUCCCUGGCGCUGGAGGAGAGCAGCCUCAAGUGCGGGGAGCUGGAGAAGGAGAACCAGCAGCUCAGCAAGAAGAUUGAAAAGUUACAGACCCAGCUGGAGAGAGAGAAGCAGAGCAACCAAGAUCUGGAGAUCCUGAGCGAGGAGCUCAUCAAAGAGAAGGAGCAGCUGCAGGGCAACAUGGAGGUGCUGAAGGCGGGCAGAGCCAGGCAGAUCAAGGACCUCGAGCAAGAAAGGGAUCAUCUCAACCAAGUGGUGUGGUCGCUGCGGGAGAGGUCGCAGGUUAGCAGCGAGGCCCGCAUGAAGGACGUUGAAAAGGAGAACAAAGUCCUCCACCAGACGGUGACAGAGACCAGCAGCAAGCUUAACCAGCUGGAAUUUGAGAAGCAGCAGCUGCACAAGGACUUGGAGCAGGCGAAGGAGAAGGUGGAGCGAGCAGAGGAGCUGGAGAAGGAGCUGCACCGGCUGGAGAAGGAGAACGAGAGGCUGGCCAAGAAGGCGGCCUCCCUGAAGACGGUCUCUGAGAAGGCAGACGCCCUGGAGCACGAGAGCCGGGGCCUGGAGCUGGAGAACCGGAAGCUGAGGAAGUCUCUGGACACCCUGCAGAACGUGUCGGUGCAGCUCGAGGGUCUGGAGCUUGACAACAAGCAGCUGGACGAGGAGAACCUGGAGCUGCGCAAGAUGGUGGAGACCCUGCGCUUCACCAGCGCUAAGGUGGCACAGAUGGAGAGAGAGAACCAGGAGCUGCAGCGGGAGAAGGAAGAGCUGAGGAAGAAUGUGGAGCUGCUGAAGGCCCUGGGCAAGAAGUCGGAGCGCCUAGAGCUCAGCUACGAGGGCGUGAGUGCUGAGAACCUGCGGCUGCAGCAGACCCUGGAGAGCAGCAUGCAGAAGUCGCAAGCCCUGGAGAGGGAACUCCAGGAGCUGGAGAUGGAGAACCAGGCCCUGCAGCGAGACCUGGAGGCUCUGCGGCUCUCCAACAAGCAGCUGGAGAGGUUUGAACAGGACAAGAAGGCUCUGGAGCAGGAGGUGGCCCAGCUCGAGAAGGACAAGAAAUUGCUGGAGAAGGAGGCUAAGCGACUGUGGCAGCAGGUGGAACUGAAGGAUGCCGUCCUGGAUGACAGCACUGCGAAGCUGUCCGCGGCUGAGAGGGAGAGCCGCGCGCUGGACAAAGAGCUGGCCCGCUGUCGGGAUGCAGCCAGCAAGCUGAAGGAGUUGGAGAAGGACAACAGGGACCUCACCAAGCAGGUCACCAUGCACACGAGGACACUGACGACCCUGAGAGAGGACCUGGUGCUGGAGAAGCUGAAGAGCCAGCAGCUGACCAGUGAGCUGGACAAGCUGAGCCAGGAACUGGAGAAGGCCGGCCUCAGCAAAGAGCUACUGCUGCAGGACGAUGGCCCCAACCAUGACACAAAAUACAAGAUUUUGGAGGGGAGAAAUGAAUCAGCAUUAAAAACAACACUAGCCAUGAAAGAAGAAAAGAUUGUGUUCUUAGAAGCGCAGAUGGAAGAAAAAGUGAGCCUCAAUCACCAGCUACAGAACGAGCUCCAGAUGGUGAAGAAGGAGUGUGAGCUGCUCAGGCAGAACCAGGACGAGGACAAGCACUUGCACAACUCCUUCAAACACCCCGUGGGGAAGCUGGCCGCCAGUCACCAGGGCCAGGAGACCUGGGGGCCCAGCCACAAGGAAGCCACAAUGGAGCUGCUGCGAGUGAAGGACCGGGCCAUUGAGCUGGAGCGGAAUAACGCGGCACUGCAGGCAGAGAAGCAGCUGCUCAAAGAACAGGUGCAGCACUUGGAGUCCCAGAACGUGGCCUUCAGCAGUCAGAUCCUGACGCUGCAGAAGCAGAGCGCCUUCCUGCAGGAGCACAACACCGCGCUGCAGACCCAGACAGCCAAGCUGCAGGUGGAGAAUUCCACUCUGAGCUCCCAGAGUGCCUCGCUCACUGCGCAGUACACACUGCUUCAGAACCAGCAGACGGCCAAGGAGACGGAGAAUGAGAACCUGCAGAAGCAGCAGGAGCAGCUGGCGACGGCCUACGAGGCCCUGCUGCAGGAUCACGAGCGCCUGGGUGCUCUCCACGAGCACCAGUCUGUCGAGUACGAAGCCCUCAUCCGCCAGCACAGCUGCUUGAAGACACUACAUCGGAACCUGGAGAUGGAGCACAAGGAGCUCGGGGAGAGGCACAGCGACAUGCUGAAGCACAAGGCGGAGCUGGACGAGCUGGAGAAGGUUCUGAAGACGGAGAGGGAGGCCCUGCAGCAGGAGCAGAGGACAAACGCCGUCGCUGUGGACGAGAACCAGAGGCUGCGGGAAGAGCUGGACAGAGUCAGCUUCCUGCACCACCAGCUAAAGGCGGAGUAUGAGGAGCUGCACGCCCACACGAAGGAGCUGAAAACCUCACUGAACAACUCGCAGCUGGAGCUGAACCGCUGGCAGGCCCGCUUCGAUGAGCUCAAGGAGCAGCACCAGAGCAUGGACAUCUCACUGACCAAGCUGCACACCCACUGCGAGCUGCUUUCCCGUCUCAAGGGGAACUUGGAGGAAGAAAACCAUCACCUCCUGAGCCAGAUCCAGCUGUUGAGCCAGCAGAACCAGAUGCUUCUGGAGCAGAACAUGGAGAACAAGGAGCAGUACCACGAGGAGCAGAAGCAGUACAUAGACAAAUUAAAUGCCUUACGGAGACAUAAGGAAAAACUGGAAGAAAAAAUCAUGGAUCAGUACAAGUUCUAUGAUCCUGCUCCAAAGAAGAAAAACCACUGGAUUGGAGCCAAAGCCUUAGUUAAAUUCAUUAAGCCAAAGAAAGAGGGGUCUAGAGAACGGUCAAAAUCGACCACAGACAGUCCAUCCUGGCAGCUGGAAUCCUCAGACCCGAACUCGCCACCUGCUUCUCAGCCUCUCAGAUCACAGCCGGAGAUCCUGGAGACCGUCCCGUCAGGGUCAAACUGUGCAGAAGAGCGAGACUCCCACAAUGGGCCUGUGGGAAAAGGCCCCGGGGAUCCAAAAGCGAAGCGAGGGUCCCCACAUGGAGGCAGUGUGGACCACACGGACACCCCCACUGACCCAGCUGUGAAGUCCUGGCCUGCAGAGCUGGGCACCCGGACCUGUGCCACCUCAGUCAUCACUACAACCCCUUCCAGCUCCACCCCUAUCUCCCGGCACCCAGGCCGCACCAAGGGCUGUAACUCAGAUGACACCCUCUUUGAGUCGUCCCUGGGGCUCGAGUUCGCCAGCCACAGGCAGUACGUGUCCCGGCCAAGUAGCUUAGAGAGCAGUAGAAAUACAUCUAGCAACAGCUCACCUCUUAACCUAAAAGAUUCCUCCGACCAGCUCCAUGGCAGGUCUGAGAGCUUCAGCAGUGAAGACCUGAUCCCCAGCAAGGACGCGGCCACUCCCCGCGAGGCCAGCACCCUAGGGCGCCCUACCCUAGGCCGCCAUGAGUACCCCCCGCCCCGAAACGGGCCCCUGCUGCAAGAGGGCGUUCAGAAGAGGGGUGUGGCCCAACCCCCUGCUGGAGGGCGGCUGUGCUCUGCCUCUCCGAGCAGCGAGAUGGUCACCCUGGAGGAGUUUCUGGAGGAGAGCAACCGCAGCUCCCCCACCCACGACACUCCCAGUUGCCGGGAUGACCUGCUAACUGACUACUUCAGGAAGGCCAAGAUGCCCACCAGCUUUGUGGCCCCCACCAUCAAGAUGGCUGUCAGCACCUCUGAGGGGAGGCUGCUGAAGCCUGGGCAGUACGUAAGGCCGAACUUCAGAGCAGCCGAGGCUGAGGCCCCAUCCAGUGUCUCUCCGAGGCAGGCCCAGCACCCCCAGAGCCUGUCUUUGGGCAGACCCCGGCAGGCCACAACGCCCCCAACUGCCCAUACACCUGCCCACAUACCCACCAGCCGGAGUGCAUCUCUGAGCCGGGCCUUCAGCCUGGCCUCAGCCGACCUCCUUCAGGCCAGCGGGCCAGAGGCCUGCAAACAGGAAUCCCCUCAGAAACCAGGGGGCCCAGAGGCCUCAGAGGGCAGAGAGGCAGGCAGCCACCCCCUACAAAGCCUCACACCCCCCAGCACCCAUGGCCUGGCCCGGGAGCGCACCCCGCUUGUGGGAAAGGCUGGCAGCUCCUGUCAGGUCCCAGGCCCCCGCAGCCGGCCGCUGGACAUGAGGCGCUUCUCACUGGCCCCUCCGAAGGAGGAGAGGCUGGCCCCACUGCAGCAUUCAGCAACAGCCUCAGCCAUUGCUACUGGGAGUGGCAGCAGCAGCACCCAGCUCCAGUACUUCUCACCUGCAGCAGCCCCGGCUGCCAGGACUAAGCCCAAAACGCCCCCAAACUCAGGGGAAGUGGCCACCAUUGCCCCUGUCCAGGUGGGGCUGAGCCUCUCAGAGGGGGACGGGCUCCCAGCACAGGGGUACAGCGAGGGGCCCCCUGCCAAGAGCCCAGGGCGGUCUCCCGACUUGGUUCCCCACGCUGGCCGGGGCCCAGAGGACUUCAGCCGAGGGGGCAGCUCCAGGAGCAUGCCGGCGUCCCCAGAGCCAGGCGGGGACCAGCAGACAGUGUGGUAUGAAUACGGCUGCGUGUGACUGAACUCGCCUCCUGGGCCAGCAGCUCCCAACCUUAGGACGACUGGUGCACACUGUCUGAUCGUGCCAGCUCUUUUUUCUCUUUGCCUGUGGUGCCAGGAAAGGGUUUAGGAUGGGGAAAGGGGCUCCCACACAUUUCUCCUGUUUAUCUUUUUAAUGAAAACACUGUGCCAAGCCCUAAGAGGAUUGCACUCCUAGAUGUACAGAGUGGCUUCUGUAGCUUCGGCUUCAAAGAAGUGAUCUCUUUUGAACAAAUCCACAUCCAUGUGGCAACCCUAGAAUGCAGUGAUGACACUGACUUUACCCUACAGCAGACACUAGCCUAACACGCCCAAGAGAACACUCGUUUGCAACUUGUUGACCUCCAGUAAAGUAUGCACGUCUGUGUGCAUGUGCACACACAGGCCACAAGGCUGAGACCUGGUGGGUCUGGAAACUUCCUCUUCCCUUCCCCAAAGCCACUUGAUCCCAGGCGAAACCCAGACAGCCCAACUACAGAGAUCUCCAGGGCCUGGGGCAGACUCCAUAGUUGGGCUUGCUGUUAAAAACAGCUGUGCAGCCCCACUCCUGGGACCCCAAGCACUUGCAGGCAGAGGGUGAGGUGGAUUGGGAUCCACCCCCAGUGGCUCCUAUGCUCUACAAGACAGGCUUGGGGGCUACACAGGGACCUUUCUUCCCAGAUUUCCCUGCUCACUUUUCUAUAAACACUGGACUUGCUGGGGAUGGGGUAGGGGGCAGGGAAGACCCCAUCCCACUCGCUGGCAGUGUAUAUAGUGUACAGUGGGGAAGCGUGUCCAGGGGGUGCAGGUUGGAUCUGGAACAUGGAUUGCAUCACCCUCCUUCCCCCGUCUCAGGAUAUUGAUUUAUUAUUUCUGAAUAAGUUUUUUUUGGGUAGAAACCAAAUUCCUUUUAAUAUAUUACAUAUAUAUAUACACACACACACACUCAUGUGAAAUAUGUAUACUUGGGGGGGAUCUAUUUAUGUUCCAUUGAGAGUCGUUCUUUUCUACCAGGAAUCUUAUCUGCUGCUUUGUGUAUAUGGUCAAAUUCCUGGCAAAUUUUGUUUAGUAAAGGUGCUUUUCCUGGGAUGAACUAAAGCCCAUUGACUUUUUCUUUUUUUGAAGAUUUUUUUUUUUCUUUUGAUUUAAUAUACUGAGAAAGACAUGAGAGACUUGAAUGUUAACAAGGUCAGUUUUAGGAGUGCUUUGGGUUGUGUCUUGAAUAGCCAUCUGCUUAUGGAACACAAGGACAAGAUUGUAAUAAAAUGAAAUGAAAUAGAAGCUGAGUCCUGGUCUUCCUCACUGCAUGUUAUUAGCAGUGUUAUAUAGGCUGCUGUGGACUUCUUGGGGAUCCCUUCUUCAGCACCCCAAAGCAUCUUCCUGGGCUGUCGGAAUCCAUGGCUUGCUUUGCCACUAGCUUAGAUGAAGCUCUUAACCAACCAACCAGAGACAUGUGAAGAACAAGGAUUUCCUGUUUAUUAUACAACAGCUUUUUUCCAGAGUUGCAUUCACUUUUAGUUGCUAUAAAUUGAAUCCCAUUUUGAGGAGGCAGAGCCAGCAUUGCACUAUAGACAGAAGUACCAUGCCAUCCCUCUGCAGCAAAGACCCAGAAAACUAAGUAAAACAGAUACAAAUGUCAGUCCUGAAACCCUAAGUGUCAAAUGAAGGGAUACAGAACUCAGUCAA